AUGAAACCACUGAGUACUCAACUGAUUCUAUUUUUUGCAUUGAUUUUAAUCUCAUCACUCAGUGUGAUGGCCUUUUCUGAAGAUACAAUGUUAUCGACUCUCUCGAAUCCGAGUAGUAGCAGUUCUAUCACUUCAACAAAUGUAAAUAACGAGCAAGUCACGAAAAGAGAUUUAGCAUCAUCAUCGGCCUCAAACGAAAAACAUGAAAGAAUACCCGAUAUGGAAAUAUUUGAAAAGGCAUAUAGAAAAUGUAUAUCGGAAUGUAGUCAAGUUGCAGAUGUUUGCAACAAGGCAUGUAAUUUAUUAAAAUUGAGAGAGGAUAAUCGAUUGACAAAUUUCCAAAAUAUUAUUUUACAAUACAAGAAAAAUAACCGAAUCAAUCCAGCACAGGCCUUUUUGCAAGAUUUAAAAGAUGCCACUAUUCUUAAGAGAAAAUAA